CUUCGCCCAUCUCCGAGAUCCCUCAGAUCCCGACUCGAUCGCCUUCUCCCUCACCUCUUCAGCAACCGCGACCUUGUCUGGCUGUCUUCGCGCUUGCUGUCCGUCUGUUUCUUUCUUCCACUGCUUUGCCUGAGGCAAGAUGGUGCAAAGGACGAAGACUGAUGGGCCUUCGCAGGCGGAAUCGCUCUUGCGAGUUACCUCGGCAAUUGCUGCGGAGCUCAUCAAGGCCCACGAUGCAAACCAAACAGUAUCGUGAACGAACUCCGGGCAAAGAUGAGCAAGAAGUAUGGCUUCGGAGGGGUUCCACGAUUGGUCGAUAUCAUCAGCGCAAUACCGGACGACUAUAAGAAGGCUCUACUCCCAAAACUCAAGGCACGGCCCAUCCGAACGGCCAGCGGGAUUGCUGUUGUAGCUGUGAUGUGCAAGCCGCACCGAUGUCCACACAUCGCAAUGACCGGUAAUAUCUGCGUGUACUGCCCAGGAGGUCCCGACUCGGACUUUGACUACAGUACGCAAAGCUACACCGGCUAUGAGCCCACAAGCAUGCGCGCGAUCCGGGCACGGUACGACCCUUACGAGCAAACCCGCGGGCGAGUCGAGCAGCUGAAGAGUUUGGGUCACAACGUUGACAAGGUCGAGUUCAUCGUCAUGGGCGGAACGUUCAUGAGCAUGCCAGAAGACUACCGGAACAAGUUCAUCGCACAACUGCACAAUGCACUGUCCGGCUUCACAGGGUUCGACGUUGAUGAGGCCGUUCGUUUCUCUGAGCAGAGCAGGUCCAAGGCCAUUGGUAUCACGAUCGAGACGCGACCUGAUUACUGCUUGAGACCACAUCUGAGCCAAAUGCUCCGAUAUGGCUGCACCCGUCUAGAGAUCGGUGUCCAAUCCGUAUACGAAGACGUCGCACGCGACACCAACCGCGGGCACACAGUCCGCGCCGUAACCGAGUCUUUUCACCUAGCCAAGGACGCUGGUUUCAAGGUGGUCGCGCACAUGAUGCCCGAUUUACCUAAUGUCGGCGUAGAGCGCGACCUUGAACAGUUCAAGGAAUAUUUCGAGAACCCUGCAUUCAGGAGCGAUGGACUGAAGAUCUACCCUACCCUAGUUAUCCGUGGUACAGGUCUAUACGAGCUGUGGCGAACGGGCCGAUACAAGAACUACACACCAAACGUACUCGUGGACGUGGUUGCAAGGAUUCUGGCACUCGUACCACCAUGGACGCGAGUAUACCGUGUGCAGCGAGACAUCCCUCUCCCACUCGUCACGAGCGGCUGCGAAAACUCAGGCAACCUCCGCGAGCUCGCGCUCAACCGCAUGAAAGACUUCGGCGCCGAGUGCCGCGACGUGCGCUUCCGCGAGGUCGGCAUCCACGAGAUCCACCACAAGGUGCGGCCCGAGUCCGUCGAGCUCCUCCGGCGGGACUACACUGCAAAC